CUUUUCCAAAGGCUGCGUCAUACACAAACAUGGACAAACUCGUCUUUCCAUCACUCGCCUCGGCCGCGACACUCGUCUCCGUCAUUCAGGACCAUGCGGUUAUACUCAACGCCCAAGGAAUAGGCGAGUACCCCCAGCAGCGUCGGCUUUGGAGGACGCAGCUCCUAGGCAACAUCGAUAUCGCCAUACACACCGAGAACGCCUUCGCGGCCGGAAAGGUCUCCCGAGUGAGGACGGGUGGCAGCAACUCGAGCAUCAUGGACAAGCAGCUCGAAAUGCUCAACAACGUGCCAGGGGUCAAUGGCUUGUCGCAGGUGGUGGCACAGGACUUUGACAUCACCAUCAAACUGCCAGACGACGUCAGGUGCACUGGUGGCUCAACGGGCAACAUCUGCACGAUCCAUGUCGAACCAACUAUCAGCACGCCACAAAACAUCAAGAGCUUCAAGGACCACACGCUCACGCUAGCGGACAGUUGCAUCCUCAGCGGCGGCGACGAGCACGGCAUCUUCUAG